AGCCCCGCCGUGGGCUGGAGAUCCGGGCCACAGCGAGGACAGCAUUGCCAAAGUCAAGGCAUGAAGGUGGCCGUGCUGGACCUUGGGUCUCUCUUUGCCAAAAUCUUCAAGACCACGACGGCGUCCCCCGCGGGAGGGCCUGCGGCCGCGGGUACCCCGCUUAGCACCGCCCAGACCCCAGCCCCGACUCUCUUCCCCGCCCUUGCCCCGGGCUCCCUGCACAGCCCGCCGCACCCCUUGCUGGCCGCCUCCUAUCCCCGGGUCUCAGUCGCCGGCCGCGUGGCCGAAGCAACCGGGACCCCGCUGUCACUGCCCUGCAGCCCGAGGGCAGUCAGAGUCCCGUCCCUGCCCCCCUCCAGCGGCGGCCCAGCGCGCUCCCCCGCACCCCUGGGGACCCCCGCACUGCCGACCGUCGCGGGUGCCACGAGCCCGCGGACCCCAAGCCAGCCUGGCCCGGGAGAGCGGGAGCUGGGUGCUCGGAUGCCUCCCGGACCAGGCCCCAAAACUCUGUUCUUCACCCUGCCGGACAUCGGUGAGGAGAGGGGCUGGGACAGCGACUCGGACGACGGCGGGAGCGCAAGAGGACUGUCGGAAGGAUAUAGAAAGCAGAGUUUAGCUGUGAAAAGCAAAGAUCCUUUGCCUACCUAUUUUACAAGAAAUGUACAGAAAGCCAUUCAUAAAUUUACUGGCGAGUCCCCAUCAUCAUUUUCGUCCAGCGGAAGCCACACACCCACGGAAGCCCACAGCUCUUGGUCUGGGUCUGCGACACAGAGCACUACCCCCAGCUUGUCUACAGAGAGGAGCUCAGUUUAUUCUUGGAGAGAUGACGAGUUUGACAAAGCCAGUGCACAGAAAGUACAGCAAUUAUUCUGGGAGGUGGAGGAACUGUUGUUUGAAGGGAAAGUAAGUUCCCAGACCCAGAAUCUGCUGGGUGAAUGCAGCGAUUGGACAAGAAGAUUCCUCCAUCUGAGAGUAUUAGGAAGACAGCUGAUUCUGCCGGAUGAGGAGGGGGUCCAGCACAUCCAGAGUAGUGCAUCCAGUUCCUCGGGCCACAAACCCUCCCGUGAUGCCAGUGGGUGCAGCAGCGGUGUGAGACAGUUGUGCAUCUCUGGUUCUCAAAUAGUCCCAGCAGCACUGUCAGCUUCUGCCCUCCCAGGCCUUGAUGGCACAGGGGUUGUGGACCUAAUGGCACGUCUGUCCCUGGAAGAAGUUUAUGAUGCGGAUGGAAAGAUUGAAGAAUAUUUGGCUUUCGACGAAAAAGAGGAUGAUGAUGAGUGUCUUGAGCGAAAGCCAGCUCUCCAUAGCAGGAAACUGCAGAAACUCGGAUUGCCUCCCAUUUCCCCUCGAGACUGUAUCCAAGGCGCGGUGGCAGCAGAGGUGUUCGAUCAUGUCUGGACAAAUGUGGUAGCAAUUUUGGAAGAGCUGAUUAGGAAAAUCUGGGAAACGACACUCAGAGAAGAAAAAAAACAGAAGGAAAUCGUGAAAGUAGCUGACAGCAAAUGUGUGCAUGUACCCAUUCCCCGUUUUCCUGCCGAGGUAUCAAGCGUUCCCCCAUCCAGAAGUUCUGAGACCCGCGGUGUGCCUCUGGGGUCCCACCUUCAUCCCCCCCAGAUUCAUCGCUUCUCUAACAAUUUUUAUAGUGAUUUGAACGGUGUGAUGACAAUUCAAGCAAAACCGCUGCAGCAGAGACCUACCUGUUUCACAGAUAAAGCACAGAAGGAGCAGGAGGAGAAACCCCCGGGCGGGGGCGCCAGGAACCAACUGGGGCGGAUCUCAGAAACGCCAGGAUCACAGUCUUCUGCUAAGAAAACUCUGGCACACAGGAGGCUGCCUUCUCUUGCUUCCGAUUCACAGAGAAUAAAAACCCCCAACGUGUAUAGUGAUGAAGUUCUUAGGGGAACAAAACUGCAAACUGGCCCAGAAAACCUGUCUUCCCCACCAGUUCAGACCUCACGUAACAGGUUACCCCCAAUAAGCUCAGACCCUGGGGAGCAGAACACAGCAGUCCCUGGACCCCGCUCUGUUUCCUACAGAGGAAGGCACCCACAAAGCCGCGUUUUAAGUGCAGUGCCCAACAGCAUAGAGUUGUCACCUGUUCGAGAAAGAACUAUGACCUUGGAGCAGCUGACAAGGCCCAGCACAACCCACAUGUUCCCAUCAGAUACACCUCGGAAGGGUUCGUUGAUGCCAAUAGAAUUUGCUGGCUACACGUGGACAGGUCAAAGUAUUUUGACAGGUUCACAAUAUCUGCCUAAAUCUCUUCAGAGGACAAGUUUGACUUCAAGGAAGAGAUUCCAAGUGGCAUCUUGAAAUGACUUCACCAGAACUACAGCACUCUGGAGCAUUCAGAGCCUUGAUGCAUCAUUUAUAACUUGAAAAUUGGAUGGACAAGUAUUAUUCUAGUUACCUGUUUGUGUGACAGUGGGAGAUGUUGGAUGGAGAGAAAUACAAACAAAUAAAUAAUCUUGAAUACUUUGCAUUAUAAAGAGAAUGAAAUGAAAAGUCACUGCACUUCUUUGCUGGGAGCAUUCUUGAGGUUCUAAAGAAUAUUAGAGCUUUGCUCAGAAUACCCUAACAUGUAUUUAUAAUUCCUCAUUUUAUCAGUUAUACACAAACAUAAUUAGUGUGUGUCUGUAUGCACACUCUAAUUAGCAUAUCAGAACAGGUUAUAUAGGAAAACACCAUUUAUACCUUUGUAUAUUGAUUUUUUUUUGGGUCUCAUUCUGUUAGUAAUUCCAUUGAAAUCCUAGUCACUAAUAGAUGUUACUCCAUUCUUUAAAAAUAGCAAAGUUGUAUUAGAGAUAAUAUCUCAGACUGAAUAAGAGGCUGACUUUCUCAUGCCUUUUUAUUUUUAUGUUUUGUUGUUUUUGUUUUUUGAGAGAGUCUCACUCUGUGCCCUGGGUAGAGUGCCAUGGCAUUGUAGCUCACAGCAACCUCAAACUCCUGGGCUCAAGCGAUCCUCCUUCCUCAGCCUCCCAAGUACCUGGGACUACAGGUACCUGCCAUACUAGCCUAGCUAAUUUUUCUAUUUUUAGUAGAGACGAGCGGGGUCUUGCUCUUGCUCAGGUUGGUCUCAAACUCCUGAUCUCAUGGGAUCCUCCCGCCUCGGCCUUCCGGAGUGCUAGGAUUACACUGAACCUGUC